AUGUCGUCCCCAGCGACGACCGCAGCCGCCCUCUGUACCGAAUCACGUAAAUCCCACGUGGCCCCGGAGGCGGACUAUCUGAGCGCCGACGCCACUAGUAGCGCUUCUCCAGAGCAACGAAGCGUUGUCAACCACAGGGCUGAGCCCUAUUCCUCCGCAAGUCCUCCUGAAACCCCGCGCUUGGAAGACCUCCAGCUCCGCGAUAGGUCUCUCACCCCAGGAAAGUCGCGCAAACGCCAAUUGCCCCAGGAAUCAGCUGCUGCUGCCAGCGCUCCCAUUCGUCCACGGCCGCAGCCCAAUGUCUUCACUCCAAAUUAUGAUGAUGGAACCCACAGGGUCUUUGCUGGUGCCAGGAAGCACACAGCUUAUGACUUUGACUCACCUGUUGCCUCAAUGUCAGUGUUGGAGAAGAGAUCAAAGCCCACAAAUGAGAUACCUGUCAACAAAUUGACCCUGCAGCCUGAGACCCGUCAGAUCACAGAAGAGCAGUUGAUCAAUGAAGUUCGCACCAUCUAUGCUGGCCUUGUCCUUGUGGAAAGAAAGUGUGUUGAGAUUGACCGCCAACAAGCCAACAAUCCUUCAACCCUGACCAAUGAACAAUGGCAGGCUCUCACAGCCUUGCAUAGGACCCUCCUACACGAGCACCAUGAUUUUUUUUUGGCAUCCCAGCAUCCGUCAGCAAGCCCUGCCCUCCAGAGGUUAGCCAGUCGCUAUGCUAUGCCUGCAAGGAUGUGGAGACAUGCGAUUCAUUCAUUCCUGGAACUUUUGCGCCACAGGCUCCCUGAGGUGCUGGACCACAUGCUUGCCUUCAUAUAUACCGCCUAUUCCAUGAUGGCCCUGCUCCUUGAGAGCGUUCCGAGCUUUGAGGAUACAUGGAUUGAAUGUUUGGGGGAUUUGGCCCGGUAUAAAAUGGCUGUGGAAGAGUCAGAUCUUCGUGACAGGGAGGUCUGGGCUGGGGUGGCAAGGUAUUGGUACAACAAGGCAGCUGACAAGUCUCCCAUGGUUGGGAGAAUUCAGCAUCAUCUUGCUGUUCUUGCCAGACCCAACAUUCUUCUUCAGCUGUUCUUCUACUCCAAAUCCCUCAUUUGCGUCCACCCAUUCCCAAACACCAAGGAUUCUAUCCUUCUUCUUUUCAGCCCCUGUCUGGAACAAAAGGAACCACUUCACCACCCUCCUCUGAUGUUAUCAUUUGUGAGAGCUCACGGAGUCCUUUUCAACAAGCAGUCAAUACUUUCAUUUCUUGAGUACGGGUAUGAAUUCAUAUCCUUCCUGGAAACACAGAUUGGCCGUGUUGGGUCAAAAUGGAGGGAACAGGGAAUCUACUUUGCUUCUGCAAAUUUUGUCUCUCUUUUUGAGUAUGAUCUUGGCUCUUUUAUUGGCAAGGCAUUUGUUGAGACCACCAACUCCCCUGUCAACAUCUCUGAAGUUAAAGACUCCUACUACACCCAGCAUAGUACUCCUGCUUCUAAACUAUCCUUGCACCGUGUGUCUCAUUCUGGUCAUUUCCAAACCUCUGUUGAAGUUAUUUCUUAUGCCUCUUGUUUUGCAUUCCACACUCUUGCAUUGGUGCUAAAACAUAUUGGUGAUAAAAAUGUUCUCCCCCAUGUACAUGUCUCUUUGGCAUUUCUGUGGUCUUUGGCAUUGGUUCCUGAGGCUAUGUCAUAUGCUCAGUCUGAAAUACCAUGGCAGGCAUUGGUGACAUUCCUAAAUACACUAAACACACAGGGCUUGAAUGAAUCUCGUUUGAAGAGUCAAAGUUUUCCCAUGCCAGAAAGUGGAAUGAAGUGCCAUCUUCCAGAAGAUUUCUCUAUGCGUGGAUUGAUUUGGAGCCAACUAUAUUAUCCUCCCGGGUUUUUCAAUUUUUCCACCUUGGAAGAUGACGAGGAGCGGUCUUUGGAACCCCCCAGCAUUACAGCACCAAGAACUGAAAGGUGUCUCUGGAUUGGCCAUCGUCUUGCAUCUGUGAGUUGGUAACUAGUAUUCUAAGUAUUCUCACCAUGCUGACUAUUGGUUUUACCUAUUUCCUUAGCUUGAUAUCUGGAUCUCCUUUAAUGAACAACAGAAGAAGUUUAUUGUUAAAGAUUUCGCUCUGGAGCUUGAAAAUUAUGCACAAGGCCCAGCGCUUUUUGAUGAAGCAGGUCGAUCCUUUAGCGAAAGAGAGCGUGUGGAGACGAAAUGUGAAAAGAAGGACAAUGACAUGCACAUGAUGGAUAUAGGGCCUGUACAAAUGGCUGACCAUGAUCCUCGAUCUGUUGACGGCACUUAACACCGGUGGGAUAUUACAGGAUCAAGUCACAAAGCAUACACGAUGACGGUAAAACACAAGACAAGUACACCGCCGACAGCCGGACGAACCUAGUACAAGAGUGCUGGAAGAAAUGCACUACAUGGCUCAUGCAAGCAUCGCAUCGGCUACUUAGUUUCGCUCAAU